AUGUCAAUCAAUAUAAAAAACGUUUAAUAUAGAAUAAAAGAAUGCCAAGCCAUUCCAAAAGAAAAAAUAGAUUCUAUACUCAAUUUAUUAAAAGAAAAAAAUAGCUAUGAUGAAUUUUGCUUUUACGAUUAUGACAACACAAAUUUAGUAUUGUUAACAUAAAAUUUGGUUCUUUAGAAAUAAGUUGCUCUCUAAAUAAUUGAACUUAAAGACCCUCAAUUUUUUGUUAAUAAGGAAAUAAAUGAGUAUUUGAUUUCAUAAGCUUUACUAUCAAAUUUUCAAAUAGAUGAAUAUGAUCUCAAUUAGUAUUUAAGUUAAAGGAAAGUCAAUCUUUUACACCUAAAUAGUUUAAAGAUGCAUAAUUAGACUUCAUUAAAUUUUGUAAGAUAAAUUGAAGAUUCGUCUGUUUACAACAAAAGUAUUAAAGAUCUUGUAAUGUUGAACGAUUAUUAAGAGUGCAAAUCACUAGAGUUUGUAUAUCUUAAUCUUAAUUAAACUAACUUAGACAAUUCUACAUUAAAUUUGCUAUCCUAAAGCAUAUCCGUCUGGAAUAAAAUUUAAGACUUAGCUUUGCACUUAAGUUCUAAUGGACUAAAUACUGAAUCAGUUACAUCACUUAGUAAAAGCAUUGAGAAUUUAAGCCUACUUUCUAGUUUAACCUUGAACUUUUCAGAAAAUAAGCUUGGAUCGCAAGGGCUAGUUUAAAUAGCAAAAGGAAUAUCAAAGCUGUAAUUGAAAACAUUUACACUCCAUCUAAGGGAAAAUUAAAUAGGUUCAAAUGGAGCAAAGGCAUUAGGCUAGCAUUUAGAAAAUUAAUAAUAGUUACAUACUUUAUUUGUAAACUUUGGCUUUAAUAAUAUUUAAUCAGAAGGAGCAAACUGCUUAAUCUAAGGUGUCUCUAUGUGCAGCUAAAUCUAAUAUGUCAAGAUAAACUUACAGAAUAACAAAAUAAAAUAAAUAAAAGACUUAUCCAAUCACAUUAUUACUCAAAAAGGAUUAAAGUCGUUAGAUAUUUAAUUGCAGAAUAAUAAAAUUAAUUCUGAAGAAUAAUCGUAAUUCGCUUAAAUUGUUACUGAGUUAAAAAAUACGAGCACAUAAAUUAGUCUUUUACAGACCACUGAAAUUAGUAAUUUGUACGAUAGUGAAGAAGAAUAUUAGCAAUCUAUCAAAUUGUAAAAAGUUUGUCCUCUAAUGAUAUCUUCUUUAGGAAACAAGUUAGCAUCCUUAACUAACGUUUAAUCUCUGUCUCUUGAAAUUAAGAAUUCUUAAAUUGAAGGAAGUUAACUAAAUGAUUUAGGGCUAGGCUUAUAGCAUUGUCAAUCUCUAAAUGAAUUAAUGGUUGAAAUCAAAGAUUCGUAGAUAUCACCUGAUCAAUAAUUAGGUUUAUUUAGCUUGAUAAACUGUUUAAAUAUUUCUAAAAUAUAAAUCAAAGUUUCGGACCUAAAAAUAGAAAUAAACUCAAAUGACUCUAAGUCAUACGAGCUAGCGUUCAAAUCUGUAGGAUUUCCUCUUUUUUAAAAGUUGUGUGAUAAUUUAUACAUCUUUAAUAAGUUUUCAAGCCUAAAAUUUGACAUGAAGUUCUGUAAAAUAGAAGAAUAAGGCAUAAUUUGUUUGGGAGAAUAAUUAACAAAGCUAUAAAAUCUUAGGUGCUUUCAUGUUGUUGCUAUGUUAUCUGAUAUUGGAAAAGAAGGUGUAAUCUAAUUCUUUAAAAAAACUAAAACAAUCAAAGGAAUCAGAAAAAUGACAUUUGAAUACUAUGGAAACAGUAUGUCUUAAAUCGAAAGAAAAAAGCUUACUAGCAUAGGUAUCAAAGCGCCUUAUCUAGUAGAUUUUUGCUUUACAAAUUGA